GCGAGAUUUCUUCAUUCCGGCAUGGCUGCCACACAGAAAUUACACAGAUGUGUUGUGUCUCAAACAGGAAAACAUUCCGCAUCGAUUAUCUUCCUCCAUGGCUCAGGAGACACGGGACUGGGACUUCGGGGGUGGGUCCGAGACACGUUUCAUCUGGCGUUCCCCCAUAUCAGAAUAAUCUACCCUACAGCUCCUGCCAGGCCCUACACACCGAUGCGAGGUGCUCUGUCCAACGUGUGGUUUGACCGCCACAAGAUCUCCAGGGACUGCCCAGAGCACCUGGAUUCUGUGGACGGCAUGUGUUCCACUCUUGGAUCCAUCCUCCAGGACGAGAUCCAGGCUGGCGUUCCCAAACACAGGAUAGUAAUCGGUGGGUUCUCCAUGGGUGGAGCCAUGGCACUGCACCUGGCCUGUAGGUACCACCCAGAAGUGGGUGGAGUCUUUGCUCUAUCCAGCUUCCUGAAUAAAGACUCCGUCGUCUAUCAGGCGGUGGAGGAGCGUCGGACGCGGGCGCUGAGUCUGCCGGAGCUGUUCCAGUGCCACGGCUCGAGCGACGAUCUGGUGCUGCACGAGUGGGGCGAGCAGACGGGCGCCCAGUUGAGGCGGACGGGCAUGAGCGUGUCCUUCCACACCCUGCCGGGCCUCCAGCACCAGUUGUGCGCCCCCGAGCUGGAGCUCCUGCGCGCCUGGCUGCUCCGCAAACUGCCCCCGGUGGAGCACGCAGACUAGGGUGCGGACGCACGCUAGUCGGGGGAGGAGACCGGACAGGACACACGCACAGACACACACGCCUGGGAGCACAGACACACACGCACACACACACACACACACACACACACACACACAUUCAGUGCAUGCCUGGCUGUUUUAAAAAGCUGCCCUUGGAGGAGCAAGUAGACGUGGGCAUAGGUGCACACUAGCGUAGAGCGUACAGACUCACACACACACACACACACGGACACACGGACACACACACAUCAGCAUGCUACUCCCACACACUCAUACCAGCACAAUCACAUAAGCAGAGUGAAUAUGCACAAAUAAACAUGCACAGCUGAUGGAUCAAGAAAAGCUCAAGUAAGGGAAUCAAAUGUCUAACACGGAGUUGGGUUAAAUCAGAGGACGUAAUUUACAGAUUUACUGAUUCACUGCCCUCAACAUCCCAAAGUCUUACCCGCAGUGACUCGACUGACCAUGUUAACAAACCCACUCUGAAACUCUUUCCUGCAUGCCUGAUUUUGGAAAGGAUGUAGACUAGAAUGUAAACAUAUACUGUAGGAUGUAAUUUAUGUUGUUUGAAAAAUCUAUAUUUACCCUAAAUAUUGUGCCAAUCUAUGCAUAUUAUAUUAUAUUAUAUUAUAUUAUAUUAUAUUAUAUUAUAUUACAUUAUACACGUUUUGUCUAUGCAUUGUGUUUUAUGUAUUAAUUGCAUCAUGCAGUCACUUAUAGUUUUCAGACAUGAAAAUGAAAAUGAAUGAAAAUGUGGUUGUUAUGGGAAAGAAGCCAUUACCUGUAGAAUGCAAGGAAUUAUUGGGGGUCACAUAUUGAACUUAUAUUCUAUUUUCCGAACAAGAGUCAGCUCUCUUUUUUAUAUAUCUAAACUGUAAAGAUGGUCAUGUCAAUAAAAUGUCCUAUUUGUGUGAACCUUAAAA